UUAACAACGUUUUAAUGGCACUUUGGCUAUUUGUGCCGUGCUUAGAAUUUGUGCUUGCAACAAAAUCCUAUACAGUAAGGAAGCUUAGACAGCCGAGGACUUUGAUAUAUCCGCCAACAGCGCCAACUCGUCUACAAUUCAUUAGCGGCAUCGGUAUACCCGUUGAAGAUUUAACCUAUGAAUCCGUUACUUCUGGUUAUGUACUAAAAGCCGAGUACUUUCUGCCCACCAAGGCGGCAGAAAUGAGACCACAGUAUCUGACACCUCAAAAUGUAAAUCGGCGUAGUCUUGAAGAUAAUGAGAAUUACAAUUACACAAUUACGCAUGCGUACAAUGGCAGCGAGCAGCAGGCUAUACUGGGUCAGCAGUCUCCCAAUUUUAAUACUAAUUUCCAAGGCAAACAGAAAACGGCGUCAGCAUAUCGUUGGAUCAUCUACAAAGGCAUGGAGACGCUUAUGAAUAGAGCUGGUCUGUCGGGACGGGAGUGUAUGCUGCGCAGCAUUUGUGAACACGCAGUGGUGCCAUUUCAUUACGACAGUGGAAUUUUGUCAGAAAUAAUGCAUAUUGUUUUGACACCUUCACGAUCGCGCGAUGAAUUCGUUCAUCCCAGCGACAGAGACUACGCGCACGCCGAACAUCUUGGUCGAAGAGACGGAGAUUGUGCCGCGACCUACGCUGCAUGUGAAUACGCGCCCAUAGAUCAGAUUUCAGCUGUUUUGGAGCUGGAUAAUGUAUUUAAUGCAUAA